AGUUUGAUUCACAUAUGCUGUCAAAUAGCCAGCGGCAUGAAGUAUCUGGAAUCGUUCGAGUUAGUACACCGGGAUCUCGCGGCAAGAAACGUAACUGUGAGCGACGACCUCCAUAUUAAAAUAUCUGACUACGCUAUGUUCUGCGAGGAAUUUGUUGGUGACUACCAUAUUUUAGCUGACGGAUCUCGCAUCCCACUGCGAUGGAUGGCCUGGGAAAGCUUAUUAUUGGGUGUCUUCUCACCAGCUAGCGAUGUUUGGUCCUUUGGUGUAACCGUUUGGGAAGUGCUUACAUACUGUUUGGUCAAGCCAUUCGAGGAGAUGAACGAUGACCAGGUUGUAGCCAACGCUAACGAAUGGCGUUCAGGCGGCCGUAAUGCAAGAGUGCCGGCUGCUCCUCCACCACGCUGUCGCCGGGAACUGUACGAUCUGAUGCAUGAGUGCUGGCGUCGAGAACCCAUGCAACGCCCGCGCUUCCAUGAACUCCACCGCUUUCUUGACCAGAUGACCCACGGCUACAAACCACCUAUUCGCCGCUGAAUACAAUUCUAAAUAUAUUUACUAAAACGUUUAUAGUAUUAAUAACCAUGUCUGUGUACUACAACCACGGUUGUCAGUUUUCAUACUAUUUAAUCUGACUAAGCGAACUCAGUUUCGUACGAGCUUUUAAUAUUUCUCUUGGAUUAAGGCUUAGAUUUAGACUAUUAUCUAUAGGACACAGCUUUCAGCCCGAGGUUUCGCGAAAUUCUGGAAUAUGGAACAGACUGCGUAGGUAGGUAAUGUGAUAGGAUAAUCGGGCAGUAUUAAUUACAGUAUUGAAAUAUUAAGUCACUUGA